CCACCUCAUCCCUCCCCCUUCCUCUCUCUCUCUCUCUCCUUCCCUCCCUUACUUUCUGUCACAGUGUUGGUUCGCUAUCGCUGCAUGACUGAGGGAGAGCUGCGCAUUGAGGAAGUGUGAGGCAACGCGCGACUCAGUCACUCCCACUGUUCACCUCAGCCCGUGCUCUUUAUGAUGCAGCGUGCGACUCCACUCAGACACUCGGCAAACCAGGGUGCAUAUCGGCCAUGAACACGUCUAACCUGUGACCCCUGUCCUCGGCCAUGGCAGUGUGGGUGCAGUGUGGUGCCCGCCCUCCCAGCUACGCUGGCAUGGACUCGGCAGAAUUCACCUUGCUGGAGUCAGAUAUGUACCGAAUCCUACAGAAUGUUCUGAGAGAACUGAACACUGAACAACUCGAGAUCAGCAAAGUAAUGCUAAGGUUGACCUUCCACCAGAAGGUGCAUUCCAAUCCCCUGGGCUGUCUGGCUUUGGUGAGGGUGGCUAUCAGAGAGUUGGAGCGGGCUGAGAGAUUUGACCUAAAGCCACACAUCAUUCCACUUCUACACACGCUCGUCUACACACUCCUCCAGGCGGUGUAUGUACCUGAGGAGCUUUACAGGAGACUGUACGGCUCAUGUAAGAGGCUGCUAACGUUUCCUCAGCCUUUCUGCACUGUGGGGCUGAGCUACACACGCCUGCUAAAGGCAGAGAUCUCUACACCAGGACUGAUGUAUCAAAGGACACUGGUAUCUGAACACAGUCUGAGGAAUGAACAAUACCCUCUACAAGAACGUGUAUUUGUGUUUGCGGACCCCGCCGUGUUCUCCGAGUCUCUCGGGUCACUUCUCAGGGCCGACAUUGAGGGCGGGAGCCAGUUGGAGACGCAGCUUGGCUACAUGCGUAGUGUAGUUCAGCACAGCCUACAGGCCACGCUGGGAGACGACCUCUGUCACGGCCCCUCCCUCACGCAAGCCCUGCAGGAGCAGGACCAAGAUGUUGAGUCUUAUUUCCUCGAGGUGCUGGCUGCCAUGGAGCAGAGCGCAGUGGAGAGUAAGAAUGAACAGAGCGUGCUCACCAAGAGAUUGCAGCAGCUGUACACACAGUUGCUGCACAGCACUGGCAAAGAUACAUUGUCCCGCGGCUCCCUGGCCGAUAUACCGCUGCCCAACCCGGACAUGAGCUUCCAUAUGUGGUGGGAGGAGGAAGAGCUCUGGCGAGAAAUUGCCAAGUUCGUCCGUUCGAGCUCCACGACUGACAGUUUCUGUCUUUCCGCGGACGAGUUCGAGGUGUCCGAUCUUUCCUCGUACUUUGACUCGGACACGCCGCGCCUCUCCGUGCUGUCCACGGACAGCGGGAUCGAGCGCGACAUGCCGCCGACCGACAGCUCGGACACGGAAGCCAGCGGCGUGCGAGCAGCGAGAGCGGAUCAGCAGCAGGGCUCGUGCCGGCUGACGCGGCGCAUCGCCAAGAGAAUAAAACCGUCCGCGUCCGACAGCAUGGCGUUGAUGCAAGACGCGCUGGAGGAAUCGGCGUGGAGCACAAGCACUCUGCAGCGACACGCGUGGCCGAAAAGCAGCACCGUCCUCAAAUCGAGGCGCAAUUUCACCGCCAACGUCGUGGUGGUCGGGGACGACCGCAGCGUGGGUCGGCUCGCUGGAGCCUAUUAUCGGUUAAGGAAGAUGGAGGCCCGGAAGCUGUUCCUGACCGCCAAGGUCAACAUUAAGCUCUUCUACAUCCCCUUCUCCACCCAACUCAGCUCACCCGGCUCACCCAGCACGGGCAGAGUGUCUCCGAAGGACUCCAACCCCUGUGCGUUGGGGUCCUAUUUGGGAAUGUUGGAUCCAUGGUACGACUUUAACGUCUGCAGCCAGGGCCAGAUGAUCCCCCAGCUGGCCACAGUGUCUGAUCUCAGCAGGCAGAACAGAAACAAGUCCUUUUUCACUGACAUCAUUUCCUACUACGUGCGGAUGGGGCAGCAGCCUGUCUACUUCACCGUCUACUACGUGAAGAUUGUAUUCUGUGACCCGGACAAAUCGCCGAAAGAUGAUGUCUUCAUCUCUCACCUCAGCAUCGACUUCCCGGAGUACAAACUGCGUCAUGGAACACUUAAAGAUGUGUCCUUCAGGCAGAAGAAAGGUCCAGCAGAGACAUGCGGAGGUCUUGUCUCACUGAUCUACAAAAAGGUGUCACUGAGCAACAGAGAAACAGAAAAGGGUCUUUCUUUGCGGACCACAGGGGUACAGAUGUCGGCGGUACCCACCAGCAAAGCAGAAGAUCUGAACCGUCUCACGGUGGAUGUGAAUGAGAUGAACCCCAAGAGCAGCUUGGAGACUAAAAUUAGAACAUGCAACCUUAAGUUAAAAACGCAGGAGAGGAUCGGCUUCACCGUGUGUCUGGACAAAGACUCCCGCAGGACGCUUCUGGAUGUUCAGAGCAUCGAGGUGGAGCCCUGUAAAGAACCUGGAUAUUAUGUUCAAAAAUCCAUGAAGUCAAAGUCAAGGUUGAUGUCCGAGGAGGACACGGACUCUGGACUGAGCAAGUACCUGAACAGGGGCCUUCUGCUACCCAUCAACACCUUCUCAGGCAUCGUUCCCUGACGAUGUGCAGGAUGUGUGCGGGACGUUUGGAUGACCACCACGCUGCUAACAGCUCCCACUGCAUCAAUGUUCGGAGCCUCUGACGCCGUGACGAGUUUGAAAUACUGUACUUGUCGGAAUACUGUAGCUAUCGGAAUACUGCACUUCUUGGAAUGCCGAUGAAGCACCAUAGCUGUUGUUUGCAUCCAUCUCCUUGCAAACGGUUUGUCAAGUUAACACUCCCAACACUAAAAUGGAUUCACUGAGUUUCAGUGGGGGUUAAGACUCGGUCUGUGGUGUUCUUUCUGUGACUUUGUCACAUAAUAAGUCUACGCUCGUAGCUCCUGUGUGGGGUGUGUGUGUAAGGUAGAGAAACCCUCAGACACAGCUCCUCAGACGCAGCCACUCAGACUCAGACUCAACCCCUCAGACACAGACACAGCCGCUCAAACUCAGACGCAGCCCCUCAGACACAGCCACACACAGCCACUCAGACACAGCUCCUCAGACGCAGCCGCUCAGACUCAGACUCAACCCCUCAGACAGACACAGCCGCUCAGACUCAGACGCAGCCCCUCAGACACAGCCACACACAGCCACUCAGACACAGCUCCUCAGACACAACCGCUCAAACUCAGACGCAGCCCCUCAGACACAGCCACACACAGCCACUCAGACACAGCUCCUCAGACGCAGCCGCUCAAACUCAGACGCAGCCCCUCAGACACAGCCACACACAGCCACUCAGACACAGCUCCUCAUUCAGGUCUUGAGGGUUUUUGCACUGCAACAGAACACUGCAACAGCUUCUGGCAGAAAAUGGACAUUCCAGUAGAAAGUACAAGUGUUUAUUUGCUCCUAAGAGCUGAAUUAAGCCUUUCAUAGUCAAAAGUACUCAAAUAUCUCACAGUACGCCAUUACUUAAAGGAAUUGUGACUCGGUCACAUUAAGUUCCAGCAAGUGUUUAGAGAUUAACUGACAAGAAACUAAUGUUAAUACACAUGGGUGCCAUGUGCAUGUGUGCAGGGUCUUACGUACAGGCCAUGUUUUCUUCUCACACAUGUGCACACACACACACACACACACACACACACACAUACAUACACACACACAGAGGUUUGUUCUCGGGGAUCUUGCACCACAUGUAGCUUCUCUCACAUCUUUACAUCCUGCAGCACUUAUGUAGUGAGGGGACUUUCCUGAGGGCCUACAGGUGGGUUAUUUUCGAAGCAAAGAAAACAUUUUGGUCAGGACCAAUAAAUCCAAAAAUAAAUCUUUGUUUGGAACCGAGGUGUUACACUAUAGUGGGGUGAUUUCAUCUUACGCAUGUGAUUUGUAAUGUCAGCUUUUCAUUAUGACAGAAUCGAUACCUGGUCUAACACUAUUUUCUUCUUUUUUUGUAAAAUAACUGAUUUGGCUUCUAUUUGUGUAUGUAUUUAAUCUUGUAAUUAGAGUUUUAAAUUAGUUUAGCCUUCCAAAGGAAGGUUAUGGGCAUACAUAAGUGUCUUUAUGUUUUAUAAAGUUAUACAUUUUUUAAAGUAA